CGUGAUCACCAGGCCGUGAACCUGAGCCGGAUGUUCGUGUCGCUGGGGAACACCAUCGUCUGGAGGAUAGCUUUCGGGAGGAUGCAGAAACAAGAGCAAGGGUUCAUGCCGGUGAUGCUGGAGAUGGUGAAGGUGUUCGGAGGGUUCGGCCUGGGGAACCUUUUCCCGUCCAGCAAACUGUUGCGCAUGAUCAUUGGAACCGAGAGAUUCGCGAGGAAGCUUCACAAGGAGGCGGAUGUCAUCCUCGAAGGUAUCCUCGACGAGCAUAUAGCCAGAAGGGCCGAAAGAGAGAGAGCUAACAAAGAUCAUGACACUAGUGCUGCUCAAGCAGCAGCAGCAGCAGCAACUGAAGAUCUCGUCGACGCCCUCUUGAAUCUCAAGGACGACGGUAAAGGGCACGGGUUCGCUUUCACAAAUGUCGAAAUCAAAGGAGUCAUCCUGGAUAUGUUCCUUGGUGGCAGCGACACGUCGACCGCCACCGUGGAAUGGGCCAUGUCGGAACUGAUGAGAAACCCGCGGGUUAUGGAAAAAGCACAAAACGAGGUGAGGCGAGUUUUCGACGGGAGAGGAGGAGCAGUUGACAAACAAGGGCUUGAAGAGUUGAGUUACCUGAAGCUGGUGGUCAAAGAGGCCUUCAGAAUGCACCCUCCCGCUCCUCUGCUGGCUCCCAGGGAGUGUCAGAAGACGGUGACGAUCGCCGGAUAUGAAAUACCGGCAAAAACCAGGGUCAUGAUCAACAUACUGGCUAUCGGCCGGGAUCCUCGUCACUGGACUAAACCCGAUGAAUUUUACCCCGAGAGAUUUCUCGACCGUCCCCCGGUCGAUAUCCACGGGACGCAUUUCGAGUUCACACCGUUCGGGGCGGGAAGGAGGAUGUGCCCCGGGGUGCUUUUCGGGGCGGCCCUCGUCGAGCUCCUGCUCACGCACCUGCUUUAUCAUUUCGACUGGAAACUCCCGAGCGGAACCGACCCCCAAAACCUCGACAUGUCCGAGUGUUUUGGUGUUGUGGUGAGAAGGAACACUGAUUUGCAUCUCAUUUCCGUGCCCUACCACCCUAAAACGGUGUAUUAGCUAGUCCUUGCACCGUUUCUCUCUAAGCACUGGUUUGCAUUUCGGUUUCUUCGUCACCAAUAAGGCAAUAAGCGACGCCCAUUUCUUUCACCUAUUGAGCAGAUCCUUUGAUUUCCAUCGUUUGUAAUCUGUUUUAUGCCGUGCGCAUUAUAAUUUUCUUCGCAAUUUGUUUGUGCAUGGUACCUCAGUUAUGAGUUUAGAUAAUGGAUUUUGCUGUCAAAAACUAAAUUGUUUGGAGCUUUCUUUUCUAAUCCACUUUGUUUAUGGGUACCCUCUUAUCUGGGUGACUAGGUCAAUCGUCGGCUUUUCCUAAACUCAAACUAAAGGUGUAAUUAUAAAAAAAAUCGCAACUCUAUAAUGUGUACUCAUGGAAGAACAGGUACUAAUUACUAAAAUUCUCAUUGGAUUUUAUAAGAGAAAACUCAACCCAAUCUCGUGUACCCAUGAGUGAAUGGACACUCAUAAAUUUUCAUAAAUAUAACGGCAAAUAUGUAUAUCCAACACCUACAUCGUAAUACUAUCCACAUUUUCCUACAAAUAUAUCCAUGUAAAGACGAAUAACAUCUAAAAAAUUAUUCAUGCAGUUAAUACUAUAUAUAUUGCCAUAAGGAGUACUUUCAAUUCAAACAUGGGUUUGAUUCACACUCCAUGUUUUGAGAAAUAUUUACCAUCCCAUGACUUUAUUUCUGGCGAAACACGCCAGCCAUACACCCGGUGAUUUACGACAAGUCUUUCUUCAUGAAAGAGGAAUAACCUCUAUAAAUAUUCAAUAGUAAGGUUAGGAAAACAACGUCGUUAUCCAUUUUGAGUGCAUGGUCCAUAGAAAGCAAAUUGAAUUUUGACAAAACCCGCCAAUUUCAUGGCAAUACCAUACCCGACCCGAAACUCAUCAACAAUAAAUGUUACCCUCCUUUACCGAGUCAGGCCGGACUGAGUAUCAUGGAUCCAACCUAAAUUUCCCAUUCAUACAUGUGUGUGAUCCUCCACAGGUAGAACUGUCACGACCCGAAAUGACGCCGCACGGACUUCGUGAUUGCUAUCUGGCCGUACCCCAUCGUUCUCCUAACCCCACGCGGUUUCUCUUUAGCUCCCCUCAAUAAUUUUGGUACCCUAAAUGGCUAAAUCCCAACCAUGCCAAUUAUGAUUUCAUGAGAUGAGAAAACUUGGGAAAAGAAAAGAGAGAACAUAAU